AUGGAUUAUUCGUCUUCCCAGACGCUGGACACUGCAUACAAGGGGAAAACCGCUCUCAUCCCAUUGGCAGUAUGGAACAUUGUUAUCAAUAUCCUGCUAUACUUUCCUAAUGGAGAUAAAACAUAUGCAGCAAACAACCAGCUCACCAAUUAUGUCUGGUACUUUCAAGGAAUCUGUUUUGGGGGUAUAAUGAUGAUCAUUAUAGCCACAACACUUUUACUGGUGGAUUUCUACAAAUGCUGUACUCCUUGCCACUCAGGGAAAAAGAGAUAUUAUGUACAUUUUCCAAAGCUGGUAUCCAUGACAUUUGCUGCCCUGGGUGUGUUGUUUUCAGCUUAUACUUUGAUCAUCUCCGCUCUGGCCAUAGCACAAGGUCCAUACUGCAAGACAAUAAAUGGAUGGGAGUACCCAUUUAUCAGCACUCCAGGGGGGUAUCUUUCAGAUUCUUCCACGUGGUCACAGUGUAUAGAACCUGGCAAUGUGGUAGAAUGGAACCUCAUCUUAUUCUCCAUCCAAAUUGUUCUCAGUGCUUUACAAGUAAUUAUUUGCUUCUGUAAUGCAAUAUGUGAUCUAAAAGAUGCAUUUUGUGGGUCUCACAGGAUCCUAAUACAGUUAGAGAUUGUAGGAGGGGACGAUGAGAUCCACUUACGUAAAUUAAUGCGAGUGGCGGUGAAAAGUGCUCGCGACACAUCUCCGCUGUCCAUUCCGCAACUGAUGGGAUGA